UUUCAUUUUUUUUUUACUUGCCAGUGAAGCUAAGAUAAAAAUGAUUUAUUUGCACAUUGAUACCUAAAAGUAACUGAAAUUCCGAAUCAGAUAAAGUGAUAAAGAUACAUCGAUACUGUACUCUUACGUUGAAAACGAAGAGUUCAGUCAAUGAUAAGAAUUUUAAAGAUAUUUUAUCACAAAUAAAUCUAUUCUACUCCGGCACAAAACGGCAAAGUCGAUCGAACUGCGGAAAAUGUGGAAAACUGUGUUCUAAGUCUUUAGGUAUGUGCGUGUGAGUGUGUGUAAGUUUAUAAGUAAUGAAAAUGGUGAAAAUUUAUAGGAAAAGUGUCUCAUUCUCGGCCUUGUGGGUUUCGACAAACGAAAGGCUCACCGACUUUUACGCGUCGUCAUGGCAACGAGGGGAGACGCCGGUGGUGUUGCUGGUGGUGCGGCUGGUGCUCGCGGCGCUGGCGCUCGCCAUCCUCACGUGGUCCCUCAUAGAGGCCCCAACCCCUUAUUGGAUGAUCUACCUCACAAACUGGGGACUCUUGCUUGUCACAGGCAUGACGCUGUGUGGCUCAAUUGUUUCCUUUGCCGCUCUUAACAACAAAGGCUAUUCUGACGAUAUGAAACAACUGCCUUGGUACACGUCUCUAUACUGGGCUGUAUUCAACAUAGCUGUCACACUCUCUAUAAUGAUCACAGCACUUUAUUGGAUCCUCCUGUAUGACCCAGAAAUGCGAGGUGAGAUGGGUGAUCGCGCGUUUUGGCUGGACGUGUCGACGCAUGGCUUCGCAUCCUGCUUGGCGAUGGCGGAGCUGCUGAUGUCGCGGACUCCGGUACGGUUCCUGCACGUCUACCAGCCGCUCGGCAUGGGGCUCUGGUACGCGGCCUUCUCCGCUAUUUACUAUGCGGCUGGUGGCACUGAUAUAAAUGGCAACCGCUACAUAUACGACGUGUUGGACUGGUCGCACGGCCGGCGCACGAGCGUCGUACUGGCCGCGUCCAUGGCUGGCCUCAUCAUAGUGUACACGUUCGUAUGGGGCCUCGCUUACUGCCGCGAUCGCUUGUCUGCACUCGUCCGAACAACAAGCCACGACUUAGCGCCCGCACCGCCCGACCGACACACGCGGCUCGUAUGACAUAACCUUACCUGUACAGUGUACCUACUUGCACGUUUUAUUAUGCAGAUCACUUUGCAACUGCUAUCCUUAGGAAAGCAGUUUUUGCUCAAUUUGGCCAAAGAAUUAAACCCAGAAGCGAGCCUUUUGCUAUCUAUUGGGCACACCACCAUCGGGUUUUAAAAUAUGAUUUAUAUGGGAAUCGAAUCCAUAAUGUUCAGAUUGCAUUGUUAGCUUUAGUUAAAAUUUAAAAUUGUGUAUGAAUAUGUAAAUAUUAUUCGUAAUGUUUUUUGACCUUUGAAUGCUGUUAUUGAUAGGCUAUUGUUUUCAUUGCAGGCGAUUGUAACACAUAAAGAGUUGUAGUAAAUAGUUUUUCUUUGAAAUGGAAUUUGAUUAAUCGAUCAACAUUUCACAUUUAAAAUAUGCAAAAACGAAUUAUUCUUGUUACAAUAGUAUUAAUAUCGCCCAUUGUUUUCAGAUUUCUAGCAAUGGCUCGGCUCUAGAUGUAAGUCGUUUAAAGAAAUGUUACAAAAUAAUGUUGUACAAAAUAAAUAUGGUGCCCUGCGAGGCAACGGACAUAAAACAAUUUUGUAAAUUUUGAAAAUUAUUUCAUGUUCACAAUAUCGGAUAAAUAUGCAGGCUCAAUUAAUUUUAAUUAGAUUUUAUAUUUUACUAACCUUCAGACAGUUUUGUAUAGAAAUUGCUUACACUGAAAGGUUAAAUUAAUCCUCGUUAAAACGUUAUGUAUGCCAUAAAUAUGUUCCAAGUUUUAACGUGUGUAAAUAUGUUUUAUAAGGAUUGUACAUAAUAAACUCCUUUUUUUA